AUGGCUGAAAUGAACUCAUCCUUAGGCGGACCGUUGCCGACGCCGGCCGUCACGAACAAUCCUCCCGAAGAUACUCUAUCAUCGGAAGAAUGGAAGCACCGCUCACCCUACACCAUACAAUCCCCCGAAGAAUUUGGCGACAUCAAAUGGCGGGGCCACUGCCAAUGCCGCAAGAUUGGAUUUUCGCUGAAACGUGACAAGCCUCUGAACUCGAAAUAUUGCCAUUGUGUGGGCUGUCAGCGCAUGCACGGAGCGCCCUUCCAAUGGGCCGCUAUCUUCCAUAAGGAUGAUAUCUCGUUCGACCAAGGAUACAGUGGUCUAUCCUUUUAUUCGUCCGCCGAAAACUCUUCGGAUUACCAUACGCCGACCAAGGUCGCUUGCGCAUACUGUAGAUCCCCUCUCAUGGACGAGGGGCGCAACACGGUACUUUUGUUCCCUUCCUCGAUCGACUUCGAGGGCUCCUUCGAUGAGCAGCGGUCACACAGGGAGUCCUUCAAACCAACGAGUCAUAUCUUUUACGAACAGCGUGUGAUGGACAUCCCGGAUGGAAUCACCAAGUGGUCGGGUAUGGAUGAGAAGAGCCAGCGGCUGGAUGACCAUGGGGAACUACUUAAGCAAUAA